GUAGGUUGGGAAUAUCGCUCUUUAACCGAGCUCAAGCAAUCGGCCUUUCAGUCUUUUGGCGUAUGCUCGAAGGUGAACACCACCAUAGCAACAGCCCGGACGCAGCAGCACCUGUUGCUUCGGAUCGUGUGUGUGCGUUGUUUUCGUUGUGCCGCAGGAUUUGUUCUCCCCGCAGCUUCCAAGUGAUUCUCGCAUGCUGAUGGUGCACAUUCGGCGGUGUGGCCACAUCUUUAGUGAGUGAAUGGGUGCGCGAGUCUAAUCAGCGAACACUGGCUGGCAAUGUAGCGCCGCGUCGUCGUCGCCCUUGGGGAGAAUUUUCUCAAUUCACGUGUUCGUCGCUGUUGGUCGUUUGUUUCGCUUUUCGGGAUUUUGUUUUGCUUCUCAGUUUCCAUUUAAUCAUUCAAUUAAAGCUAAUUUGCUUGCAAGAUUGCCGUGAAGAGUGGAGCUGGAGAAAAAGCUGCGAUAAAAACAAAAACACCCAACGGAUUUCUGGUGCGAUGAUAUUGGGGAAGUGAUGUGGAAGCUGGAGAAGUGUAGGUAGAGUGUGAUGAUUGAUCUGGAAUAAAGAAUGCGUAAGCUGGCAGCGUUCGUAUGCCACUAAAUGGUACUUCGUAUGAUGCUGGAUUCAAAGCUAUCCAAUCUUAGCCUUUAUGAAAAUAAAAGUAAUAAACUCCAUAAGAAGAUUUUUAGAAGUGCAUGACAGCAGUGUAUCUCAAAUGACCAUGUGAAGAUUUUCCCCGAUAGGAAUUGUAAGUGGGAGCGGUAUUAAUCAGAAAUUCCAGAGUGAUUGAAGAAUGGAGAAAGAUUGUGCUGCUGGUAAACAACAUGUCCCUGGUGUUCAUGAGAGUGAUUUUGACAAUUAACUACGGAUUACGGGGCUAGAAGCCAAGCUUUAAUGUCAGAAGGAUUAUAAGCGGGUUGCCGUAAACGCGUGGGCAUCGCUCGGUCAUCGACGCAAGUCACGUUCUGUGUUGGUGUGAAGGAAUCUGUUUAAUUGCUUUAUUAGUUGCCUUCUACAUCCGUGUGUCGUCGGGUGUAACGAAGUUCGAAAUGUGCUGUGUGCUGAAUUAGGGGUCAUCCAGCCAGUGUCGUCUGAAAAAUGAAACACAUAUAAAACUAGACUAAAGAAGGCAUAUUAAUUGUGUCACGUCGCUUGCUAACUGCUGCUUGAAUCCAGAUUUCCAACACCCGGCUACGCCAAUGUAGAUGACCUGAGAAGGGCACACAUUUAUUCGCAUCUACGGCCCUAGCGGUCGCCAUGCGUUUGUUCAAAACCAAGAAGCUUCCGGAAAUUCAGAUACAACCAGCAGAACCGACAGCGGAAGCCCCGUCCACCCUUGUGGCUACCGGUGGCAACCGUAAUGACAUUAUCAUUUCGAGCGUCACCCAAUCAAGUUCGGCAUUGGUCAACGCUGGGUCGCUCUUAUCGACAGCAGCUGCCACAGCGCUCACCACAUUAUCGAGCAGGAAUGGUCCUCCGCUGCAGCAGCGGUACCCAUCAACGUUAACCUCGAGCUCGACAGAGGCAGCGGCAGCACUCACGAACGGAACCAAAGCCGGAGCCAUCGAUGCUAAUGGUGUCACUGCCAUCAUUCUGCCGAAACCAAUGGACGCAGCAUCGGGCCAGGCCACAACGCCACUUGCGAAUGAUAAAAUUUGCACAAUUAAUAACAAAACCGAGAAUAUUAGAUUAUCGGAGAAGGCUCGCAAUCAAGUCGCUUUGGGUGCUACCGCCAGUGGUGGCUUCGGCGGAGGUCUGCUGUCACCAGCGCACCCACAACAGAUGCAUCAACAGCAAACCCAACAGUCAUCGGAUUUCCAACUACUGCACCAGCAUCAGCAGAAGCAGCAGCAGCAGCAGCAACAUUUGCAAUCCAAUAAAAUAAACGCAAUCGGACCGUUGAUUGGCAGGAACGGAAUUGGUGCCCUGCCCGGUUACAAGGUAGUGACGGCUGUUCCAGUCAUGGUGCUGGACGACGAUCCACCCACAACAAUCGCCGUGGCUGCCACUGUGGUGUCGUCAGCCACCAAGGAGAGCAAAAAUGUUUUCACAUGGGGUCGAAAAAUGGGCAAAAAAUUCGAUCUCCUACGCCGCGGUAGUGAUGCUCAAAAGCCUCCAACGUCACCCUCAUCGACAAACACACCCAGCUGCGUUCCCAUCUUCAACACGGAUACAAUCAAGAAAAGCAAAACCAUUCCUCUGAAAGCAUAUCAACCGGCAAAUGAUCCUUUGGUGAAGUUGAAUAGCGAACGAUCGUCAGGUACAUUCAAGAAUUUCUUCUAUCGCAUGGGAUCUACUGGAAUGCUCAACCAUCGUUCGACCCAACAUCAAAAACAACAACAGCAACAAACCAACACACAGCAGCAACCCCAACCGCAGCAAUCAAGUCCACAGCAGAAUACGCCAUCCCAAGUGGGCUUCAUAACCAAAAACAAAAACGAUGGACACUCUACGCUGUACCGCAGUAGUUCAACCAGCCAAUUGAACACUUCGUCCUACAUCAAGUGCGACGACCCGACUGAAGGAAUCAAUUUGGCUAACGGAAACCACAAAAACGCUGUCAGCAGUACAAAUCUGAACGUUUCUUCGAUGGAACAAUCUACCCCGAAGCAGUCUUCUUCGGCAAAAUCAUCCAGCUGCGACGACAUAGCGAAAGCUUCGGCGACACAAGAACAGCUUUCGAAGAAAAAUCACUUUCCGUAUGCCUUCCUUCGUUCCAAGUUGUCGGUACUGCCGGAGGAAAACGGUGGCUCAGUAAUAAAUUACAAUCGAAUAAAAGAAAACCUUCUUCGUUCGGGAAAUCGCGGAUCGGUCAUCAGUCUACGAUCAGAUCUGGAUAACAUUUCCAUCACUGAUUCCCAGUUGAACAUUUCCGACAAUGGAGAUGUGUUUUUGUCCGGAAACGAUUCGAAAUCGAUUACGACGUGCGAUUUAAGUUCCAUAUCACGUAACAAUUCCAUAAAAACGCUAACAGAUGAUCACAGUUUUGUCAGCAACUACCAAAGAUUGAGCAGCUGCCUUAGCAGCAACGAGUCUGGCUACGAUAGUGACGGUCGGCACGCUGAAGACAAAAUCGACGAACAUGGAUCCAAUUCGGCAGCGAACAGCCUUACGAUUCAGCACGGCGCAUCAAGUCUGGUGGAUCCGUAUGCCGAUGCCAUCAGAAGUAAAGAUCAAUCGUACAUGUUUGGCAGCCGGAGACGGCUGUCAUCGUCGAGCUCGAUUGCAUCGGUGCAGAAUCUGGACUGUAGCACAAUACGACGACGAUUUCGGCAGAUCAAGCUGGAGAAGCACAAUGCUGAAGAGGUAAUCGGCAUAGAACUGACACCGCAGACGGUAAACAUGGACGAGGGAGACUGCGAAACUAGGUAUCUGGUGACGGAAAUCGACCCGGAAGGAAUUGCUUAUAGAGACGGCCGCCUACGAAAUGGCGACGAGAUUGUCAACGUAAACGGACACCAUUUACGUGGCCUGCAAUCUCCCAGCACGGUACAGCGCAUACUAUCGACUUUUGUCAACAACAUUGUAGACCUUGUCAUAGCACAUGACGAGCUAACUACGUUCAAUGCCGACCUGCAUCGAAAGAUCAAGAUAGACGCCAGCGUUACGACCAAGCAGGUCAGCGAGCUGGAGGUCAACGGCGGAGUCAGUGGACCAUCAUCAACCAAUUCUGGCUCUUAUAAUGCUAACCCAAGGCAACAGUCUGUCCUUGGAGCGCCAGGAUGCAUGACGACAAUUAACUACUCAACCUCAAUUUCGAACGGACGAAUCAAACAAACUCAGCAACAACCCAAAGCUUCCCUUCCAAUUGCACCGAUCUAUUCACCAGCGGACUACGUUCCGGUCUAUGCCAAUCGUAUCUCGAUCUCCAACACUAUCUGUGACGAUGAAAAGUGGCAAAUGCUAAGUAAGCAACGGAGCGAAGCUCUCGGGAAGGGUGGUUACUCGCAGAUUCUUGGAUCGAAACGAGUGAUCAAAGAUAGUGAUGAGGAUAUCGUUAUAGUGCCACCCGCCGCGACAAAUGGUGGUCACUCAACUGAAGCAGGGCUUCGCACACUCUACCGCCCGGUAUCACAAGGUAAUCUGAGUCAUCACUCGUCGAUCGCACAUCUUGCCAGCAAUGUCGAGUGUGACGAUGAUGAUGACGUGACGGCCAGCCCAAUCACAAUGGUGGAAAUUAUUUCGGACACUAUCCGAAGGAAUGUACCCUUUGGCAGUAUCAGCAACAGUAACCGUCAAAACAGUUUGGAUUACCGUUCGAUAAGAAUCAAAAAGCCAGAGGACCUGCCAAAGACAGUACAAAGAAUCCGACUGAAGUCCUGUAACGAACCCGGUAGUGGGUCAAGUUCUAACUCGAGCGAAGUUAGUACCUCCUCGGAAGAUGAUCCCAUGGAUCCGAUUCCGUUGCAGCGUUCUAAAACGGAGCAAAAUAUCAGCAACAAGGAUGAAAUUAACAACUCGAUGGACCACAAUAAAUACGAAUCGGGUGUUCGAAUCCUAAUCAAUGAAGAGGGUUCGUCGUACAUCGAGGGAAUCCAUAAAUGCACCUACUUGACGGUCACUUUCUAUAAAGGCGUCGGAAUGAAAUCACUUGGGUUCAGUAUCGUUGGUGGUCGAGAUUCUCCAAAGGGCAGUAUGGGAAUCUACGUGAAGACAGUUUUCCCCAGUGGACAGGCCGCUUUGGAUGGCAACCUCAUGGCAGGUGACGAAAUAAUUUCAAUAAAUGACGUAGCAGUGCACGGAAUGAGUCACGCUGAAACUAUUGGACUGUUCAAAAACAUCAAGGAAGGGCCAGUAAUACUGAAGCUUGCAAGACGGAAAUAUCAACGCGCCAAAUCAGUGGAUAAUUUGCCAAAUUGAGAUUUACAAGGCCGAUUUUCUUUGCUUUCUCCAAUGCACCUAGAACUUUCCAAAUAUGACCAACUCUGUCCUGACGUUCAGCACUCCCUACACGAUUAUUUCGACAACUUCCGUGCUACGCCAAAAUGAACAGCAGCUAGUCUGAGUUUCUCGGCACUUUAUUCUAGUCACUUUUUCUGUUCUAACAUCGUAGCGAAAAUGUUUACAUAUUUCAAAAGAUAGAUUAUAUUAAUAUUAAUUAGGUUUAAAUUUAUAUGACGGAUGAUAAUUAAGAAUAUUUCGAAGAUAGUGGUUAUUGAUUGCAAAAAAAGGAAAAACACGAAAAAAUCAAAGAUUUCUUUGUAGCAUGUUUGUACAAAACUUUUAUUAAGGUGAUAACAAUGCAAAGGUAAUAAAGAUUAGAUUUCUCUCAUUCGUUUUCA